CUCCAGUUGUUGGUCACAUAUGACUGCAAAAAAGAAGCGGAAACAAGUCGAAAGGGAAAAAAGGAGAAGAGAAAAAGAGAAAAGGACAAUCCACCAUGGCAAGGAUACGACAGGGCUGGCUCCCUGGCUCGCCGAAACUUGAAGACGCCGGUACAUAUUCUUUGCCUAGCCAUUGAAAGAUGGAGAUGAGCUAUGUUUUGUUGGUGGCCCGCAGCGCCUGGCCAAUCCUGUGUCGUCAUUUUCAAAUCCAAAGCGGCUACCCCGCGUUCCGGCGACCGGACGAGGUGGCCAGGGCUCCGAUGAUCGGCGUAGCAGCGCGCGAGGGCGACAGGGAAGCUUGGGACAAAGCCCAUGUCAGGAGCAGUUGAAAACGAAGUCUUUUUUCCGCCGCUGGUGCCUGUGUUGUUUUGGAAAACCUGGUCUGCUUUGUAUCAUUUCUUUGCAUUCGAGGAAGGAAGGACCGGUCCUCUUGGGAGAGUCGCUGGAAACUGGAAAUCGCAUUGUGCCACCACCACGCUGAGCAGCCUCCUCGGGCAUCGUCGUCGCCUCUUGCCACUGCCACCACCACCGCUAGCACCUAACCGCAUCCUCUUAUCUCCCGACAACUCUCGCUGCAAUCAGAGUGGGUUGCGAGACAUCGUGUUCAGCUGGAACGCAUAAUAUCAUCAGCCACCCGCCCCUUUCAUUGUUCUUCCAAGUCAACUGCUCCAAUCUCCCUUUCUCUACCAUUGCUGGCGCACCAAGGACCACAACACCAGAAAAACAGCUGCAAAUAUGCCUGCUGCCGAGCGUACCCCGCAAACCCUUUACGAUAAGGUGCUUGAGGCGCACAUUGUCGACGAGGAGCUCGAUGGCACCAUCCUCCUCUACAUCGAUCGUCAUUUGGUCCACGAAGUCACCUCGCCUCAAGCUUUCGAGGGCCUGAAGAAUGCUGGCCGCAAGGUCCGGAGACCGGACUGCACCCUUGCGACUACGGAUCACAAUGUCCCAACCACCUCCCGAAAGGCCCUCAAGGACAUCGCCAGCUUUAUCAAGGAGGACGACUCCAGAACCCAAUGCGUGACCCUCGAGGAGAACGUGAGGGACUUUGGCGUAACAUAUUUUGGCCUGAGCGACAAGCGACAGGGCAUCGUCCACGUCAUUGGCCCGGAGCAGGGCUUUACACUCCCCGGCACCACCGUCGUCUGCGGCGACAGCCACACCUCGACCCAUGGCGCCUUCGGUGCCCUCGCCUUCGGCAUCGGCACCAGCGAGGUCGAGCAUGUUCUUGCUACGCAGUGCCUCAUCACCAAGAGGAGCAAGAACAUGAGAAUACAGGUCGACGGUGAGCUGGCGCCCGGCGUCAGUUCCAAGGACGUUGUCCUGCAUGCCAUUGGUAUAAUCGGCACCGCCGGUGGCACCGGUGCUGUCAUUGAGUUCUGCGGCUCCGUCAUCCGAGCCCUUAGCGUCGAGGCCCGCAUGUCCAUCUGCAACAUGUCUAUCGAGGCCGGCGCCAGGGCCGGUAUGGUCGCCCCCGACGACAUCACCUUCGAGUAUCUCAAGGGCCGCCCCCUGGCUCCCAAAUACGACUCGCCCGAGUGGCACCGUGCCGUCAGCUACUGGAGGAAUCUGCAGUCCGACCCCGACGCCAAGUACGAUAUCGACGUCUUUAUCGACGCAAAGGACAUCAUCCCAACCCUCACAUGGGGAACGAGCCCCGAAGAUGUUGUUCCCAUCACCGGUGUCGUCCCCGACCCCGAGACCUUCGCCACUGAGUCCAAGAAGGCCGACGGGCGACGCAUGCUGCAGUACAUGGGGCUCACAGCCGGCACCCCAAUGCAGAGCAUCCCCGUCGACAAGGUCUUCAUCGGAUCAUGCACCAACUCGCGAAUCGAGGACCUGCGCGCUGCGGCUGCCGUGGUCAAGGGCAGGAAAAAGGCCGCAAAUGUCAAGAGCGCCAUGGUAGUGCCCGGUUCCGGUCUCGUCAAGGCCCAAGCCGAGGAGGAGGGCCUUGACAAGAUCUUCAUCGAGGCGGGCUUCGAGUGGCGCGAGGCUGGCUGCAGUAUGUGCCUCGGCAUGAACCCCGACAUUCUGGCUCCUCAGGAGCGGUGCGCCAGCACGAGCAACCGCAACUUUGAGGGCCGCCAGGGUGCCGGGGGCAGGACUCACCUCAUGUCGCCCGUCAUGGCGGCGGCUGCCGGCAUCGUCGGCAAGCUGACAGACGUGAGGGAGUUGGCCGAGUACAAGUCAAGCCCGCACAUCGAUGCGUUCCGGCAGAAUACGGCACCUACCAAGCCGCACGUGGACGAGCGUGUCGAGGAGGAUGCGGCUGAGAAGGAGGCCAUCGCGGACCAGCCCGAGGACAACGCGCCACAUACCAACACCUCGGCGGCCGCCCAUGGAUCCGCGGGCCUCCCCAAGUUCACCAUCUUGAAGGGUAUCGCGGCCCCCCUCGAGAAGGCAAACGUCGACACGGACGCCAUCAUCCCGAAGCAGUUCCUCAAGACCAUCAAGCGCACUGGUCUGGGCAAGGCUCUGUUUCACGAGAUGAGGUUUAAUGAGGACGGUAGCGAAAAGCCCGAAUUUGUGCUCAACAAGGAGCCGUACCGCAAAGCCAACAUUCUGGUCUGCACGGGUGCCAACUUUGGUUGCGGCAGUUCUCGAGAGCACGCUCCCUGGGCGCUCAACGACUUUGGCAUCAGGAGUGUCAUCGCGCCAUCGUUCGCCGAUAUCUUCUUCAACAACUCGUUCAAGAACGGAAUGCUUCCCAUCCCAAUCAAAGACCAGGCCCAUAUCGAGGCCAUCGCGGCCGAGGCGCGCGCCGGCAAGGAGAUCGAGGUCGACCUGCCCAACCAACUCAUCAAGGACGCGGCCGGCAACACCAUCUGCAGCUUCGAGGUCGAGGAGUUCAGGAAGCACUGUCUGGUCAACGGGCUCGACGACAUCGGCCUGACCAUGCAGAUUGAGGACAAGAUUUCCGAGUUCGAGCGAAAGAUGACCAAGGAGACUCCUUGGCUCGACGGCUCUGGCUACCUCAAGAGGAAGGGUCAGGGCGGCAAGCUUCAGGCCAAGGCAGUCCCUGUGCCGACCACCAACCGCGGCGAGGCCAAGAAGGAGCCUCUCGACUGGUGAGAUUGUUGGCGACAGGGCAGCUUGGGAUUGAUAUAUGGCGUUUUGGGACUUGAUCUAUUCCUGUUUCUUUGAAAGUUAUCGCCUGCCAUUAAGUUUAUUGGGUUGAAAAUCUAAACCCUGCAGGGUCUGGGGCUACGUCCCAUGCCUUCUAGGCAUGAGCAUUAUGCGUUGGAAGUUUGACUGCCUCUCUCUUCAGUCGUUAGAAUACGGCUGGUUCCAUAAAAAGUUAGCAUUGUCCAGAGGACCAUUCAUGAUGAAAGCAACAACAUUGUGCUUUGAGCCUAGCCGUCUGACACUCGAGUGAAGUUGACGUUACGAUUUUGUCCCAUAGGGAAAUCUCCAUAAGCACCGACCUCGU